UGGUGUUGAAUGCGAAGAAUUUCUGAAGUUAAACAAAUUUAAUGUAAGCUUUACGAACCGACUGGUCUGAGACAAAAGAAAGAGACAAACAUUAUUCAAGUAAUGAUAAAAAUUGAAUAGGUAGUUUACUAUCUCGAGUAGAUUAUUAAACUAGUUCCACUCUCAAAAGAACAUCGACAAAAAAAAAAACUAUGUAAAUCAUAGAUGUAAUUAUAUUUCUUUAGAACAUCAAAACAUUGGAACUAUCUAUCUCAGAACUUACGAUAUCUUUGACCCAGUGUUUAUAGCACAGGAAGCAGGGUAUCUCAUAUCGACGAAAGAAUCCAAGAAGAAAUACCGCUCGGAAUGAUCAAAGACACCAAAACCGAAGAGAAAGCUUUCCAAAGUGAUGUGAUAUCUAUGGACAAUCACAAAAUCUCCCUUAACAAUAAGCAGCAAUUUACAUGUGAAGUAUGUGAAAAACGAUUCGAAAACAACUGCAUUUUGUUGCAGCACAAACGACUUAACUCUGGUGAAAAACCAUACAAAUGUGACGUUUGUGGCAAAGAAUUUCGCUUGAGAUUCGUUUUAGUUGAUCAUAUGCGAAUUCAUACCGGUGAGAAACCAUAUGAGUGUGACAAUUGUUUCAAAAAAUUUCGUACUCGGGCAAUUCUGACCAACCACAAAAUAACUCAUAGCGGUAACGACAAAUCCUACAAUGGAAAUGGUAAUAAUUCUCGAGAAGACGCACGCCCUUAUCAAUGUAAUAUCUGCAAAAAGGAUUAUAGGCGAAAAUCAGACCUUACACGACACAAACGCGUACAUAGCACUGUAAAACCGCACGUUUGUGAGGCUUGUGGAAAACAAUUCACAUACCCUGAGGGUCUUCUGAGACACUCUUAUACCCAUAAUAAGGAAACAUUCAUGUGCAAUGUCUGCGUGGUACACUUUAGUAAUUUUGAACAACUAAAAGAGCAUCAAAUAAUUCAUUGUAAGCAUGAAUGUGCCGAGUGCGGAAAAAAGUUUAGAUUCAGUAGUGUUCUAAGUCGACACAUGCGAAUACACACCGGCGAAAGGCCGUAUCAGUGUGAUUUUUGUUUCAAAAAUUUUAAGACAAUUAGUGCUCUCUCCGAUCAUAAAAGCAUCCACUUCCAACACCCAGUUCGGCCGUUCAACUGCGAUGUGUGCGGUGCUGAGUUUCAGCGAAAAGCAUCUCUGGCUCGACAUAAAAAGAACCAUGGAUUGCACCCGGAAACAUCUGCUAAAUUACAGCCAGUGAGUAAACGAAUAAUUGCAUCCGAAUAAAGAAAAUAAGAAACUAAAAUGUUCCACAUGAAGAGUACAGCGACUGCGGUGGUCUGGAUAAUGAACUGGAAACAGAGAUUUUGCAGACACACUAAGCAGAAUGAGCUAGCAUGUAUUAUGAUAGUUAAGAUUUGAUUAUUUGAAUAUAAUUUC